AACAAACGUACAUGCCGCUGCCACGUCUCCCUGCAUCAGACGACUCCAUCCCUAGAGGUAGUCUGUUGUUACUCGAGUGACCCAACAAACAAUCCAAUACAAAGAGACUCCUUAUAUAAUACUCUCCUUGUCUUGUUUAUUACUCCGUCUUGAUCAUCAAUCACCACCUCUCGCUUUCACUCUGUGCCUUGCCGUAUCUACAUCACAUCCGCUCCGUAUCCUACCUACAACUCGAUCAUCUUCUACUUCGCCAAGGAGCCAAGGCACAAUGUCGGCGAGAGUCGCACCCGGCAGCUCCUCCUUUGCUGAACCACCCACCAUUGUCUCUCCCGCUGCCGACCACGAUGGCAUGCGAGGCCGCAAGAGGGAGCGAAGCAUGAACCGCGGCGCCAACGUCCGCUCAAUCCGCUGUGCGCCCUCGGAUGAGUCGAGCACCCUCCGAGGACGUUCUCGCCGCCGCGCAGUGUCACCCUCUCUCGGCUACACAUCACGGGCCUCAUCCCCGAGGAGGGUUCUGUCGCCAACCAGACGAAGACUUCUCCACGCCAGGCUCCGCCGCGAGCACUGUCCCUCCCGCGUUGCCUCCCCCAUCGAGCAGCAGCGCCCCUUCCGGCGGCGACAACGGACACGGAGCCGGAGUCGGGGACCUCGGCUGGAGAUGGAGCUCGAGGCGGCGGCCCGACAGGCCGAUGUCCUGUCCGGUCUGCGGAACGAGGUCCGAGCCUCUUCUUCUGACGAGAAGGAAGGGGUCAAGACGGACAAAUAAAGGCAACACUAUGCCUGUCUACACACCUAUCAACCUACCAGUACAUUCAUCUCCACUCGUUCCAAAUGAACGAAGAUGGAAACCAGAUCGAUACCCACAUCAUAUACCUUAAUCUUUGAUUGUACGAUGACUGGAUGCCACCUAUUAUUCUUCUCUGCUUGUUUCUUUUUCCCCCGAUCAAAACGCACGGAGAGCUGGAUAUCUCACGUGGGGAGUUUCCUUUGUUCGGUAAAACGGAUGGCAUCUUUUUUGGAAACCAAUGGAUAAGAGGGCGCUAUGGGUUUUUGCAAUUAAAGAUUGUAUCCUUGGGCAACACGUUUUUUCUUCUUUUUUCUUUUGUUGUACGAUUACGAUAUUCAAAGCAGCCGAGUUUGACAUUGGUCUGACCAGCAAAUUGAUAAACAAUUGAAACUAUC